AUGUUCUUCCAACCGCGCGCUGAAAAUGAGACGACAAUCCCCGUACCAAAAGUCCUAACGACGGGCGGAUUCGACGGCAAUGAUGGCCAGUGGACUUCCUUCAUUUUCAACAUCGGCAGUGACGACAAUGGCCAAGGGGGCCAGGACUUCCGACUCCUCAUCUCGACUUCGAGCCAGAUGACCGUAAUACCGAUGCAGGCAGAAUGGUGUACAGUACCAACCGAGGAUGAAUGCGCAAAGGCUCGCGGAAUCCAGAACUUUCAAUCAAAACAAAGCCGAGGCUUUGAUUCAGUAGCCGCGAAGACAUGGAAACAGUACGGACUUUAUGAUAUUCCGCUGAAAUCGUUUCUAAACAUCGAAUGGACCCCAGACAGCAAAGUAAACGGAUCGUACGGUCUCGCAAAUGUUGGGAUAGGACCCACUUCGCCUCAGAGCUUGAUGUUGCCAUCUGAACUCGUCGCCCAAGUGAACAGUAAAGACCUUUUCAUGGGAUCCUUUGGACUAUCGAACUCCGCGAUAAACCCUGGCAAUGGACCAAUUGCUCCUUUCUUAGUAAACUUUAACGGGUCUUCAAUUCCGAGUCAAUCGUAUAGUUACACAGCAGGCGCCUCAUACCACUUAGGGAACAACAGUAAAGGUGUUCCCGGAAGCGCAAUUCUAGGAGGACGUGACGAGUCGCGUUAUACUACCGAAGGGACUUCGAUACCUUUCCCUAAUGCUGGCAACCAAACGCUAGUUGUCGGAGUACAGGACAUCAACUUCAGGCCGGAUCAUGAUAUUGACUCUAAUGAAUACUCACUGAUGAACGGGACCCAGGGAUUCUUCGCCGUCGUCGAUUCUAAUCUUCCAUACCUCUUCCUCCCCAACACCAUCUGUGAUCGGUUCAAAGAGAGUUUUCAACUAGAUUAUGACUCGAAAGCGAACAUGUAUUGGGUCAGCGAAUCGGCACAUGACUAUAACACACGACAGAAUGCUACCGUCUCUUUCAAGAUUGGCAAAGACACAAACAGCAAGCAAUUUACUUCAAUUGUCUUGCCAUACGCUGCACUCGACCUCUCAGCAGGGUUCCCACUAAAUGGAUACAACAACAACACGGGGAGGAGAUUCUUCCCUAUGAAGCAAUCAUCGACCGGUGUCUUUGUCCUUGGUCGAUCCUUCCUCCAGGAAGCAUAUCUCACUGUAGACUAUGAGCGCCAAAACUUUAGCCUAGCCCCAGCUUACUUUUCCGACCCUAUGCCCCCCACUCGUAUCCAACCCAUCUUGUCGACGAACUAUGUUGCUCCGAAAGAGUCACCUUCAAAUUCACCUUCGGGAGGUGGAGGUGGAGGUCUUGCUCCCGGCACCGUUGCUGGAAUUGUUGUCGGCAUCGUUGUCGCGUUCCUCCUCGGGGCACUCGUAGCGUUCCUGUUCUGGAAAAAGAAGCACAAACAAAAGGCCGCUGAACAAAAGGCCGCCGAAAUCGACACUGUGGACGCCGGAAAUGAAAUUAAGCACCGCCGCGUCUCAGAACUAGACGGUGAGCCUCCGGGAUCUCCAAAGCCUGAUGGUGGAUACUACGGCCGGGAUCAAAAAGAUGGUGUAAUACCAUUCCCACCGCUGCAUGAGGCCGUUGAAAUGGACAGCCCUCCAGCUGAAUUGUACAGCCCUCCAAUAGAAAGCGGAGGAUUCUCGUCACUUUCGGGGCAAACAGAGGGUACGGAUUACUUCGGGGCUGGGGGAGCUCCUCGACGACGUGGCGCAACAAGAGAGUCAUCAGGGAAAAACACACCCGCGAUUCCCGAGAACCGGGUGCACGAGUUACCGGGCGACGAUGGGAAAUUUAUGAUUCAAGGAGAGCAUUUUGAAGAGGUUCUAAGCCCGAAUCAAAGCCCCGGCCAUAGUCGCGGUCCUAGUGAAGCAACUGCACAAACGGGGAUAGACACGGUGGUCUCCGCUCCUGAUGCAGAUGCUCCCGUCCGUCGACCAAGUCAGCAUAUUCGAGGUCCAAGCGAUGCUCCGACUGAAAGCACUGCGGUCUCAGAGCCCACAGCUGAGCAGAGGGAAGCCUGGGCCCAAGACACGGGACCUAGGAGACCGCUAUCUGAGUAAGGGCAAUAUCGUGUUUUUAAAGAGAUGGAUGGGAUACACAUAGAGGAAUUGAAAGGGAAAAAUGUGACGACGGGAUUAUUUUCUCUACUUGUCUUCUAUUUUUGCCUUUGGGCACUGGGCAUGAAGAAUGAAGGUGCUUAGCUAUUCAGGAGUUUUAUUUGGGGUUAAGGCUGAUUGAUACCCCACACGCUCGCUUUCAACUCUGUAAACAUAGGUGGAAUUUUGUAAUGAGUUUCGGCUUCGGCUCAGCAGAUGUAGUUUGCUUUCUUUCAGUUCGCGAGCCCAAUAAUUCAGUUACUGUCUGUCAUG